AUGCUUCGUAAAGUCACUAGCCCAUACAAGGUGUCCAUCCGCCGCACUGCUGCCUCAGUCACUGCUGCAGAUUCAAAAAAGGCAAUACUCCGCCUCAUUCGCUUUGACCCGGAAACUAAUAAACAGCGCGUGGAAAGUUAUGAGUACGACAAACACCAUGAUUAUAUGGUGCUCGAUCUUAUCACCGCAGUGAAAGCUCAUCAGGAUCCCACACUGGCUUUUCGUGCCUCAUGUUGCGAGGGCGUGUGCGGAAGUUGUGCCAUGAACAUCAACGGUGUGAACAGUCUUGCGUGCAUUACAUUUUCACAGCAAGUUACAACAGUGGGCCCGUUGCCUAACUUUCCAGUUAUUAAAGACUUUGUUGUGGACCUCCGGCACUUCUUUCGUCAGUACGCGUAUAUUCGACCCUUCGUACGUAACGUUAACCUCGACCGUAGCCGCCUUGAUAACAUCGUAGAACGUUAUAAAACCAUAACAAAGGUUAUUCAUGGCGUUCCUUCAGAUGAUGAGGCGCAACUUGCCCAAUUGGAGUCGAAGAGCGGGGCGCAGACGGAUGUGAUGGCGCUUCUUCAGUUACUUGAUGCAGUUUGUGAGUCUGGAAAUGUAACGCAUCUCAUCCGCACGUUGGAGGCGCUGCAGGAGAGAGGCAUGCAACUCGAUCAGGGAAAGGUGAAGGCACUUAUCGAGGAAACGUUACAAAACUACAAGAAGCGGAAACUAGGCGCAUGA